UAACAGUCUGGGGGCCCUGCGGAUAUUUAACAGUGUCGGACCAGCCAGACAAUAACCUUUUCCACUGGAAAGACAAACUUGGAGAGGACACGGGGAAGAUCAGCCACCCAGCAGGAUCCAGAUGACCUUUUUGGAGGGGAGGCUCCCUCAGUCAACACCCAAAGACUUUCACCACCAUUUAUCAAGCUGCCAAGCCACAACCUGCAUUAAAUGACAAAAUUUGAGGUCUAAUCCAAACAAGGACAAGGACCAUUAAUCUCAGACUUGGGCUUCAUAAGUGCUUUAUACUGUAUAUAUGACAAUGUGCAUAUGACUGUAUAUAAAGCUUUUGUAGCACAGCUGAAUACCUCUUUUUGUACACCCUAAAGACAGGCAUUGGUGGGUUUAAAUUAGUGCAAAUUUCAGUCUCUAGUUGCAUUUUAUAUCUAGGGUCAUAACUUACUGAGGAUUUCAAAUUUGGACAAAAAAGUCUGGCUCUUGAGAAAGCUUGAUGUAAGUUAAUUUGAUUCUGUUAAGGAGUUAAAAAAGUGCUCAAACAUGGCCACUGCUGCCAUCAUGGAGGUGGCAGACAUCACUGUUGUAGUAAUCUACUUCAUCCUGGUGCUAGCAGUUGGUUUCUUUGCCAUGUGGAAAGCCAAUAAGAGCACAGUGAGCGGCUACUUCCUUGCUGGUCGCUCCAUGAACUGGGCGGCUGUUGGAGCAUCUCUAUUCGUCAGCAACAUAGGAAGCGAGCAUUUCAUUGGACUAGCUGGAUCAGGUGCUGCUAGCGGGUUAAGCGUGGCUGCAUGGGAAUUAAACGCCCUAUUAUUGCUCCAGUUGUUAGGCUGGAUAUUUAUCCCCGUGUACAUUCAGUCUGGUGUCUACACCAUGCCGGAGUACCUGUCCAAACGGUUUGGAGGGAACCGACUCAAGGUGUAUUUUGCAGUGUUAUCUCUUGUCGUGUACAUCUUCACCAAGCUGUCCGUGGAUCUCUAUGCCGGAGCGUUGUUUAUCCAGGAAUCAUUAGGGUGGAACCUCUAUCUGUCAAUCAUCAUCCUCAUCACCAUGACAGCUGUGCUGACAGUUACUGGAGGUCUGGUCGCUGUCAUCUACACGGAUACGAUUCAGGCAUUCCUCAUGAUCACCGGAGCACUCUGCCUAACAGGCAUCAGCCUCUUCAAAGUGGGAGGACUUGAAGGAGUUUGGACCAAGUACAUGCAGGCUACUCCAAACAUCACUGCCAUCUUGCUGUCUUCACCCAACCUGACAUAUUCUGAAUCCUGUCACUUCCACCUCCAACCAAAGCCAGAUGCUCUGAAGAUAUUUCGAGGACCGAGGGAUCCAGACCUACCUUGGCCCGCUUUCUUAUUGGGCCAGACUCCAGCAUCUAUUUGGUACUGGUGCGCAGAUCAAGUGAUUGUACAGCGGGUUCUGGCAGCAAAAAACAUUGCCCAUGCCAAAGGCUCUACUCUCAUGGCUGGCUCUUUGAAAAUCCUUCCCAUGUUCAUCAUAGUCAUCCCAGGGAUGAUUUCCAGGAUCUUCUUUGCUGAUGAGUUAGUGUGUAUCAGUCCUGAGCACUGCAUGGAAGUGUGUGGUUCUGCAACUGGCUGUAGCAACGUGGCUUAUCCACGGCUCGUCAUGUCAGUGAUGCCUGUUGGUCUCCGUGGCCUGAUGAUGGCUGUCAUGAUCGCAGCUCUAAUGAGCGACUUGGACUCCAUCUUCAAUUCAGCGAGCACCAUAUUCACGCUGGAUAUUUACAAGAUGCUACGGAAGAAGGCUUCAUCCAGGGAGCUGGUGAUAGUCGGCAGGUUGUUUGUGGUUGUCAUGGUGAUCAUCAGCAUUGCCUGGGUGCCUGUUAUCAUUGAGAUGCAGGGAGGCCAGAUGUUUUAUUAUAUCCAAGAAGUAACAGAUUACCUGACUCCACCCAUCGCUGCUCUUUUCCUGCUUGGUGUCCUGUGGCAUCGCUGCAAUGAGACAGGUGCCUUUUGGGGAGGCUUGGUAGGAUUUGUUCUUGGUGCAUUGCGUCUGAUUUUGGCAUUGAUUUACCGCGAGCCUCACUGCAACCAGCCUGAUGAGCGGCCGUCUUUCAUCAAAGAUGUUCAUUUCAUGUAUGUGGCAACCGUCUUGUUUUGGGUGUCAGCUUUGGUGACUGUUGUUGUGAGUCUCUGCACUCCUCCGCCCAGGAAAGAGCAGAUCAAAACCACAACUCUGUGGGGGUUAAACAAGAGAAAGAGGCUAAAAGAGCAAGAAAAAGAGAAAGCUGGAGGAGAUGUCCAUGCUUUGAAGCCUCUGAACCAUGAGAUCAUGAAUGGAAAUGGUUUGCUUGGUAAAGAAAAGUGUCAAGACCUCCCAAACAAGCUCAAUGUCAUUGAGGCCAAUCAUGAAAAUACUCAACCAAGCAACAGUCAUGCUGUAACAGUCAGUGACAUAGAAACACCCCCUCCAAUCCAGAAUGACUGCACCGCUUGGAUUUCUGACCCUAAAAUGGUUGAAGAGAAAGACAGAAGAGGAGUAAGGGAUGAGGAGGACAAAUGUUGCCUUGGAGGAGAAGGAGGAGUGAAGGGUGGGAGGUGUGUGAAGGCUUUAGAGUGGUUUUGUGGGAUCCAGAAGGAGCCAUCCGAACCUCAGGUCAUGAAAGUCCAGGAACAGGAGAAGAUUGUGGAUGAGCUUCUUUAUGAACCUCCACGAACCAGAAUCAUCCUGAACAUAGGACUGGGAGUAAUUUGCUCUGUCGGCAUCUUCCUCUUUAUCUAUUUCUCUUUAUAGUCUUUCUUAAUUUUAAGUGGUGGGACACCUUUGUCCACUAAUUACAAGCAGAAAAUGCGUACAGGUAAGGUAUCCUUCCAUUUUCUCUGCAAGUUUAAUUUAAAAAGAGUGUUGAACAGGAGAAAUGGUCCAGAGAACAUCUGUAGCUGUGCACAAAUGAUUUCCAAUUUGCAUUAGGUGCAUUAGGAAGAUCUGCACAAAAGUUUAGUCACAAGAAGCUUUGUAGCUUCCCCAUUGGCUAGUAAGAGCUAGUAAGAGUGAAGUGUGAAGCAAAAUUAUUUGUAUGUAGAGUUACAAUUUGUGCUUGUAGAUUUGAAACUAGAGAUUCAUAGCUUUUAACUAAAAUUUACACCAACAAAUGGCUUUGGUGCAGACUUCUUUCACCUGUAAACAGGCAGGUGUGUAACUGUAAUUUUUUUUGUAACUAAGAUCCUUUUGCACUCAGACACUGAAAAUAACAAGGACAAAUUAUUUUCAUGUGCUCACAAAAUGUCCUGCACAGCCACAGAUCUCCUUAUAUAUUAAAAAAUGAUAUAUAUUUGUUUAUAUAUUUUUUAUGCAUUCAAACAUGUGAUACAUUCAAGCAUUUGUUUUUACACUGUAACACUUCAUCAUUUAUACAAAAUGUUUUUACAGACUCACAUUCAGACAUGGUUCAGACAAGCAAUAAUUUUGACCUUUGUUUUCUAUACCUAUAUACCAUGCAAAGGCUUCUGUCUGUCCCUUUUCUGUUUGUUGUUUCUGCUAAAAUACAUCUAAAAUGCAAAGUGGAUUUGAAAUAUGCUCAAGAAAGGCUGAGAAACAACCUUUUGAAAACAGGUGGGUUUUUUCAUAGAAUAAAUUUGUACUUUGUUGUAUAUUUUAUAUAUUAUGAAAUGUAUUUUCUAUCAGUGUUCAGUAUUCUUCAGACAAACUAGUUUUUGUCAGCUCUUAAUGUGAGUAUAACGAAAGUGGAGGUAAACGCACAAUAAUUUACUUUUUCUUUUGUACAUUUUUGUGAACAUUGUGCUUCAUUUGGAUAGAAACCUGACUUCUUUGUGAACUGACAAGCUAUCAAGCAUGGAUUGUCAGUUUGAAAGUUAGGAAAAUUGAUGGAUGCAGCCAUUCCAAUUCAGAUGUGGGAAACAGCACUUUGUUUAAAGUAUAUUCACAACUUUUAAGUUACUUCUUCUAAGCUGAACACAAGGGAAAAUAAGAUUUUAAUGAGCGGUUGUCAUUUUUUUGUACCUAUUAUAGAAUUCAUGGCAUCUUCCACUGAAAUGGAUUAAAAUUUUUAUGAACAUAGUUGUGAAUUGCGGUGUUAUUGCGUUGAUUUUCUCUCUCCUGGACUGAUCCAGUGAAUAUAAUUGCAUUAUUGUAAUUAUUUAACACUCAAUUAAAUUUAACACUUUGUGCAACAGAACUGAA